UCCGCCGGCCGCCGUAGCCGGAACUGCUGAGCGCGGCUGGCCGGGUCUCCGGGAGGCUGAGGGGCGGCAGCACUGGCUCCCGCAGCCCAGUCAGCCGCACCCCGGCUGCGGAGGGGACGUGCCGGGGCGAGCGUCACCCGGUGACCGUUUCCGAAGCGGGAGCGCCAUACCAGCGUCGCGGACUCGCUGCAGCCGGCGCUCCGGACCCGGGGCUGCCCCGCCCGGCCGGAUCUGAAGGCGCCGGGGAGGCCCCCGGGGGGCUGGGGAAGCCAAGGUGCUGCGAGGCAUUGAUGAAAAAGCAGGCGGACAGGCAGCCGCGGGCCACUAUGGAGUUCACUGUGCACGCAGGAUGACAGUGAAGUUGGGAGACGGCGGCAGCGGGGAGGAAGGGCUCAAGAGGCUGGGCAAGAGGGCGGCCGAUGAGGACGCACUGGAGGGAGAGGGGGCCGGCGGCGGGGACGCGGCCGAGGACAGCGGUGGCACAAAGAGGGACAGCAAGACCCCCCGAGGCGGCGGUCCCCCGGCCCCCGAGGGCGGCCCACAGGCCCCGUCCCCACCGCCCUCGUGCCCGCAGGACCAGCACCACUUCCUACGGUCCAGCGUGAGGCCGCAGAGCAAAAGGCUCAGGAAGGAUUCGUCAGGCGCCGGGGGGAGCAGCAGCGCCAGCAGCUCUGGGCCUCGCGGAAAAGGAGCUGACGGUGGUGGAUCAUCAUCUGGAAAUGGGUCUGGGGUUGCCCCUGCUGCUUCUGCAGGGGCCUCUCGCUCCUCCUCCCGGAACUUAGGAUCUUCUGGUGGUGAGAAGGAAGAAGGCAAAAAGGUCCGUCGGCAGUGGGAGUCGUGGAGCACCGAGGACAAGAACACUUUUUUUGAGGGACUAUAUGAGCAUGGGAAAGACUUUGAAGCAAUCCAGAACAACAUAGCCCUCAAGUAUAAGAAGAAAGGCAAGCCCGCCAGCAUGGUGAAGAACAAGGAGCAGGUGCGACAUUUCUACUACCGCACGUGGCACAAGAUCACCAAGUACAUCGACUUUGACAAUGUGUUCUCUCGAGGGCUGAAGAAGUCAUCCCAGGAGCUGUAUGGUCUGAUCUGCUACGGGGAGCUACGCAAGAAGAUUGGGGGCUGUAUGGAUGACAAGAAUGCCACAAAGUUGAAUGAACUCAUUCAGGUUGGGGCCACCACAGUACGUUAUAAAGGGAGAAACCUACGGAUUAAAGCGCCCAUGUGCCGAGCCUUGAAGAAACUCUGUGACCCAGAUGGCUUGAGUGAUGAAGAGGACCAGAAGCCAGUGCGUCUGCCCCUGAGAGUCCCUGUAGAGCUGCAGCCAAGGAACAAUCAUGCCUGGGCCCGUGUGCAGAGCCUAGCCCAGAACCCCAGGCUCAGGAUGAUUGUGGAGCUGCAUCGGAAGGUCUCCAGCCUCAUUGAAUUCUUAAAGCAGAAGUGGGAGCUCCAUGAAGUACGAAUUCGAAAGACACUUGCGGAGCGGCAGCUGCAGGACUCAUUUGUGGAGUCGUCGCAGGAGAAAGUAGUGCUGCACCUGUUCCCAGGAGAGAACUGUACGCUGACCCCACUUCCAGGAGUGGCUCGUGUGGUGCACUCCAAGGCCUUCUGCACAGUGCACUGGCAGGAGGGUGGCCGAUGUAAACAGAGCUCCAAGGAUGCCCACACGCUGCCUCCAGCCCAGAUCCUGGGCAUCCAGAGCGGGCAGGGUACAGCCAGGGGCCAGGUGAAGUAUCCAAGGGGCGGCACUGAAGGCAAGGGCGGGGGGCGGCCUCCUCCUGCCCCGGAUGUUUCACAGAGCUCUGGAGAGAGUUCCCCUGAAAGUGCCCCUGGGGAAGGGGCUGCCCUAAGCCUCAGCAGCCCGAAUGCUCCUGACAGGCUUCCCCCUGGGCUCCAAGACACUGGGGUACAGCUUGAGAAGACCCCUAUGGUAGCUCCUGUAGAGGGCGGAGGCAGCCCAGCCCAAGAGCCCCGGGCCACGAUCUGUGCCUGUGGCCAGCUCCCAGAGCUGGAAGAUGAGCUCUCUCUCCUGGACCCCUUCCCCCGCUACAUGAAGUCCUGCCAGGACCUCAUCAUCCCUGAGCCAUGCCACUGCGCAGACUCUCGACCCUCAGCAUGCAUCUCCCCAGAGACUCACAUCCCUAGCAGCACAGAGGUGGCAGACCUUGCCCAGGUCAGGGCACCAUCCCCCGUCCGCAGCCUACCUGGCCUGGAGCCUCAGCCCAGCCCAGGGCCCCAGCCAGAUGUUUGCACUAAAGACUCAGUAGAUGCUCCUUCGGAGGAGCCCCAGGAGAAGGCAAGCCCCCUGGACCCCCCACCACUUCAGGGACAGCCUUCUGUUAAGCCCCCGAAGGACAUCCCUGCCAGCCGCCUGGCACAGCAGCUCCGCGAGGAGGGCUGGAACCUGCAGACCUCUGAGAGCCUGACACUGGCCGAAGUCUACCUCAUGAUGGGAAAGCCAAGCAAGCUGCAGCUGGAGUACGACUGGCUGGCUGUGCUGGGUCCCGAGGGCCAGGGCCCCGGUGGCUCCCCACCUGCCUCCUUCCACAAGCAGCGCCUCCUCAGCUGCCUCCUGAAGCUCAUCUCCACUGAGGUCAACCCUAGGCUGGCUCCAGAGUCAAAUGCCAGCUCUAUGGCCUCAGUGAGACCUGCCCAGGAGGAGCAGCUGACAACCCCUCCAGGGAAGGUGGUGAACAUCAGCUCCCGAAGUCCCCGCUGCCCUCGAAACCAGUCUGCCCUUCGCAACAGCAAGACCUUCUCUCCCAGCUCUGCUCCUUGCCCCUCCUCAGGUUUGAGAAACCCUCCAAGACCCCUCUUGGUGGCCGGUCCCUCCAGUACAGGAAGCAGUGACUCAGAUGGUGGCCUUUUUGCCGUCCCAACAACUUUGCCACCCAAUAGCCGACACGGGAAGCUAUUCUCUCCCAAUAAAGAGACAGAAUUGACUUUCCUUCAGCAUCUGAACUCCAUCAGCAUGCAGUCGGAUUUCUUCUUGCCAAAGCCCCGGAAAUUGCAGAACCGGCACCUACGGAAGCCACUGGUGGUCCAGAGAACCCUGCUUCCUAGACCAUCUGAAAACCAGUCCCACAAUGUCUGCUCCUUCUCUAUCAUGUCAAAUUCCUCAAUAACCGGGAGAGGCUCGUUCCGGCCCAUCCAGUCCUCCCUGACCAAAGCGGCUCUGUCUCGGCCAAUCAUGCCCAAGGUCCUUCCACCCCAGGCCACGGGCCAUCUGGCCAGUGCUGUUGACUUAGCGGCUACAAGUGCUGGCAUUAUCCCUGGGAGCCCCCUCCCCGUCUUGGAUGCUGAGGGCUUGUCUGGCAUCUCUCCACUAUCUUCAGAUGAGGCAACAGCUGCCCUCUCGGGACAAGACUCUGCUGGCAACCACCAAAAUAGAGACUCCAUCCCUGCCACCGUGGGGGGUUCAAGUGAUCCAUUUAUCAGCAUCCCCUCGAGGUCUGAGCAGGAGCCAAUGACAGACGGUUUCCAGGGUUCGCCUGUCCUCUCCUUAUCAGAGCUGUCCAAGGCUCCUCUCCACAAUGGACUUUCCACCUCACCCUUGGCAGAGGGCUCCAGCACUCGACUCUCUCCACCUAACGUUUCUGCUCUGCUGGAUAUCUCCCUGCCUGGCCCACCUGAGGACGUGCUUUCACAGGGAGAGCCUGCCACUCAGAUCAGCGACUCCAUUAUUGAGAUUGCCAUCAGCUCUGGCCAGUAUGGUGAAGGAGUCCCUCUUUCUCCAGCUAAACUAAAUGGCAGUGACAGUUCCAAGAGUCUCCCUUCCCCAUCCAGCAGCCCCCAGCCAGACUGGAUUGCUUCACCCACCCAUGACCCCCAGUGGUGCCCCAGCGACCCCACGGACUCAUCCCUCAGCAGCUUGUUUGCAAGCUUCAUCUCUUCGGAUAAGGGCCGGAAGAUGCUGCCAACUCCAGCGGGGACCCACAGUGGCACCUCCCUGCUGGGCCCCAGCCUGCUAGAUGGAAACUCAAGAGACUCAUUUGUGUCCAGGUCCUUGGCUGACGUGGCAGAGGUUGUGGAUUCCCAGCUGGUGUGCAUGAUGAAUGAAAACAGCGUUGAUUACAUAUCUCGGUUCAACGACUUGGCCCAGGAGCUGUCCAUUGCUGAACCCAGCCGCCGAGAGGUUCUGUUUGAUGGCAGUGGAGGUGCACCCCCUGUCAGCGAUCUAUCCCAGUGAACGUACCUCGUAGUGGGGGCAUCCUAGAGGCAUCAUAGGAAGGUUUACCAGGCUAGUGAUCCUCAACUGUGGUAGGUAAAGCCCUCUGCAGACUAGAGGAACACAAAUCAAGCCCAAGAUCCCCAAAAGACGGUCAGAAUAGAGACACCUCUGCACCCCAGAAUAUGCAACAUGCUGGAAGUCGUGUCCCAACAGGCAUAGGGCAGUAGUGGCCUAGGAGAUGAGGCUGAGUUCUGGAAGGGUCAAUGUUAGACAUUACUGUGGCCUUGGAGCAGCUCUUCAUUCUUCACCAGUUGUGGGAUCUCAUAUUGGGGUCUCCAUAAUGACCACAUCUCCACCCAGGCUUCUGCCUUGGUUAUUGUGUUGGACAGUCCGGAGGGUCUUAACUUUCUGAAAGGAAGGGGUGGGUGUGCCCUGGCGUAGUUGUUGCAUCCUAGGGAAUUGUAAUCUUCCUGCUCUCUGCAGGGAGGCUGCAGACCAUGGCUGCAUUCUUUCUGCCAAACUUAUGCCACACUUCGGUUGCUUCUCUGCAGAGAGAUGAUGGAGGGCGGAGGGGUGGGGAGAACAGCUAGGCCUGGCCUGGUGAUAUCUGUACCCACAGAUAGCAGACACUUCAGGGACACUGAUCACAGGGCAGCAGAAGGGUCCCAGGACAGUGUAACUGGUGCCAUCACCCCAGAAAUACUGACCCUUGCCUGGUGCUUCCCUAUCUAGAUGUGUGUUCCAAACAGGAAGGGGAAAGAAUCAUGUCUUUUGCAUGAUUGUGUGGACUUUUAGAAAAAACUGCUAAUCUGGUUGGAGAAUGUUUCUUAUUUUAAAAAUUAGACAAUGAAGAGGUAAAACAAUUUAGUUGGUUUCCUUCCUGCAUCCAUCUACAAGUUUCUUCAAGGUGAUCUAUGAUGUUUCUUCUCUCUAUUGGGAUGAUCCCUGAGCACUUGUUUGACUACAGUUAAUACUUUCUUGAACUUCUAAUGUGUUACUGUUUAGCAUCUGUGACAAGUGGAUUUUGCAGGGAUGGUUCUCUUCUUCAGUCUCUUUUUUCAUUUUGUUAGCCUAAGAGCAGAGAACACUCUGAUGCAUAGGUUUAAUCCCUCAUGUCUACUUUUGUCCUGUGGGUCUCCUAUUUCACUUCUUCCUUUUUACGGAAUGCAGUCAAGGGUCACAUGUCCUGGUGCAGUUAGAGCACUAGUUUUUACUACUGCAGGUGGUCCAACAUCUAGUUCUUCCCCAGAACGGAGUUACCAAGGCUUCCAUCAGCCUUCUCUGGAGCUCUUACCUCUAAUGUGGCUUCCUUCUUUCAGAUCUUGUUCUAGGCACAAACAUCACUCCUAGGAAAAGUUCCAAAGUUCUGGAGAUAGAAAGGGACAUGGUAUCCUGUUAUUAAGAAAUAUAGACAGCAUUAUUUGAACCAGAGUAUCUUUAAACUACUUAUGUUUUGUGAUCAGUAUAUCAGCUUCCUGAAAUCAGCACCCUAUUGAGCUGAACAAGAUCAGGAUAUCUUUGGGCAUCUUACUUGGGUAGGUCUGCAGUAGGUUAGGAAACAAGGCUGAGCUUAGGCCACAACUAGCUUCCUCAUACCUCUCUACUGUGUGGGACCAGAGGUGCCAAGUAACAUUGGAGCAUAGAUGCCAAUGGCAGUGUGUACUGUGCCAGAGAUGAAGGGUUCCUGAGCUGCUUGUUCAUUGGGACACUGGGAGGCAGUCUAGUUGGUAGAUUGGCACCUGUUACUCAGUGACAUCCCAAAGGAGAAAAACUCUGGAGACUCAGAUCAGCUUUUGUAGGCUAUUUAGUAGCACCUUCUGCCUGGAUCUCUGGCAUAGACUCCAUCUGGGAGUUGCUGACUGGCCAGUGUCAUUCAUUGGGGAAGUGGGCUAGGAAGGAGAGUGGACUAACUCUUCUCACCUGUAAUGAAACUUACACAUUUCCAGAGAAUUCUGCUUCUCUAGCAACCAGAUGCUUAGUAUAAGUGUUUGCUUGCCACAUUAAGGGGAGAAUGGUGUCAUUUGUAGCAUUAUAAGGAUGGAUACAUUUUUUCCCAGCCUAAGUGAAUAUUAAAAUAAGCAACUGUUAAAGGCUGGAUUUUCAAAAGACCCAAAAUAGAGAAGCCUCCUAUCUCCUGCAUCUUUCUCUGCCUUUCCAAUGGAAGUUGUAAUAGUUUCAGUAUACACCUGUGGCUUCCCUGUACAUUUGAGCAUGUUGUAAUUAACACAUCGGUUUCUCAGAGACAUGUUUUCCUGGUCACUCUAAUGUUGUCUGGCAUCUUUUUGCUGAUUCAUCUUUUAUGAGAGUGAGAUUGUCUCUGGUCUCAAGGGAGUUAGUGCUGUGGCCUUGAUUCUUAUUGUGACUCUCCAGUGGUGAGCAUUCCCUUCUUUAGAAAAUGCAGACAAAUUGAAGUUUUUGGUUCCACAUGAAGUUUGUGAUAACAUUUUUUUUUUUUUUUUUAAUUUCUCUGUCUUCCGGAUGUAGAGCACUUGCUCUCAGGGAGUGGGGAUAAUUGGAAACAUUUAGUCAGUUGAUCUGCAUGAUUUCUCACAUCUUCAGGUUCUCAGCCUCAGAAUCCCAUUCUUUAUCAUUCUGUAUCAUGGCCUCACCACUGAUGGGUGUCCCUUUCAAUGUAAUAGCAUUUUAACUGAGAUUAUACCAUCGAACCCAAACUUGUGCAGAAAAAAGUUAUGGAAUAAAACACUGGAAACAAGCGGAUGAGGAGCAUACCAGCUGCUAUGGGGUUGGGGUUUUUUGGGGGGUUUUUUUGUUGUUUUUUGGGGUUUUUUUUUUUUUAAAGACAUUGAGAUCUAUCAGAUGCAUUUGUGAGAAAAAUAGGGCACUUUGUCUUGAGGGGGGAAAAAAGAAACCACAGCAAACCUUUCCUGUCAGAGCUCUCCUAAUCCCACAGUAAUUUGUAAGUCUCAUUAAGUAAGUUCAGGCUUGGAAAGCACUACAACAACCUGUACCCUUUGUUCUGUAACAGGAUAACUGGCUCCAGAGCUUCUUGUCUGGGCAGCGGAACUUACUGCUGUUUCUUUUAAAUAAUCGUUAAGCCAUAUCAUCUAAGGUUUUCGGCUUGUUUGAGAUGUGAAUUUGUUUUAUAGAUAAUAAAUAUACAUAUACAGUAUAUGUAUAAAGCAGAAUGCCUGUCCUUCCUGAUUACUUUUUGUACCAUAUUGUAAAUUACAUUAUUUAUUCUUUACCAAUUUUGGGAAUAAAAGGUGUUUUGGUUAUUUAAUAUAAUAAACAAAAAGCUGUUAAACUUCUUAUGUUUAAAUUUC